CUACGUUUUAACUCACUCACUUCGUUUGAACUCAUUCACUCUCACUCAAUUCACGUCACUGAGUGGUUUUCCCAUCACUAGCACGAACGCAGUCACAACAAAGCAUCGUUUCGUUAGCCACAAGAAUCGAAUAAAAAAGCCCUGCGCCUUUAAAGACUGUUUUGUCAUGUAAAAGUGAUUUGUUACCAUAAGUAGCAUAAUGUACACCGUAACGAGCGUCGAUCCCGAUCCGAAACAUCCGGCCCGUCAAUCGCAACCAUUCCCCACGAUAACGAAACCCUAUUUGGUUGGAUUUUUUAGCCUCAACUAUGACCGGAAGUUCGAUCCGACGGCGGUGCAGCUUAAGUACGUUACCCUUCCACCGGGACCGAGGACGGAUCUGCGUCUCGAUCUCAACGAAGGCUUUAAGAUCCGCCGCCCGAAACCGGACAGCGCGCAGGACGAAAAGAUCGACAUGCUGCUUACCUUCAUCCGCCAGUCGCACCUGUGGACCACCACCGAAACCGGCCACCGACGGCUGCAGUACGAUUUUGUGUGCUUUCGGGGGUUGCUGCGGCUCAUUGCCUGCACACCGUACGACUGGAAAACGCCGUGGAUUGUGCAGGCCAUACGCUACCGGGGCACCAUUUACCUGUGCGAAAGGAAGACGGCGGACCGGCUAGAGGCGGAACGGAACGAAACGGAGCAGCAGAAACGGUUCUGCUACUAUGGGUUCAAGUUCGAGCAGCACAUACUCACGGAGGAACCCGGCGCCGUGCCGGACACAUCGGCCCCGGUAAUGCUGGGCGAGGAAUUUUGCUCCAUGUUCGAUACGACGCUCGCCGGCCACCGGUUGCUGUACGGUGCGGAAAUGGAUGGGAUCGUUUCGAACAAACCGUUCGAUCGGGAAGAAAUUCUGCUGGACGAUCUGCGCCAGUGUGAGUUUGUGGAGGUGAAGGUCAAGCGCAAGGAAGCGACCUACCGACAGGUGAACAACUUCUACCGGUUCAAGACGAAGAACUGGUGGUGCCAAAGCUUCCUGGUGAAUGUGCAACGGUUGGUGGUGGGUUUGCGGGAUGAUGAAGGGAUUGUGCGUGAAAUUAAGAUCAUGAAGCUGAGUGACAUUGAACGCGAAUCCCGUCCGUACUGGUCGCCAGCCGUCUGUAUGAACUUUUGUGCCGACUUCCUGUCGGAGGUGGCCCGCGUGAUGGGUAACACGGACAACAGCAAAAAGAUCUAUCAGUUCGAAUUUGACUCGAGGGAAAGUAGGCACGUGCGGUACCGUGUGCUGGAGGAGGAUGCCCACCGAGAUGCGUUUCUUCCGGAUUGGUACACGCGCUACCUAGACGAUUUGCAACCUAAAUCGUAGUGGUGGCCGCUCCGUUCCUUGGCGCGGGAUUAGAUUAAUAAACAAUGCUUGUUUGUAUGUCUACCGAAACAGCUUUCACUUUAUUGCGCUGCCUCUUGCUGGACCUUUGCUACCAGCACUUAGUUCAUGUCCGAAAGGCCAGGCCUAAGCUGUGAAUACUUUUUCGUCGGCCGGAAGUUCCGCUGCUGCUGCACGC